UCCCAGUACAAGUAGCUUGCUUUAGCUUCAGUGAACUUGCUUUUUUUUUUGAAGUACACUUUUUCAGUUUGAGGUAUUUCCUCUUCCCUCCCUUGGAAAAUGUCGUCCUCGCACUCCCUUUUUCGAAAUCGCUGGGAUCCCUUCAGGAGCUGUUACUUCCCAAGCCGCCUGUUUGAUCAGGAUUUUGGGCUCCCCCCUCCCUCUGAAGAGCCACUGAGGGACUGGAUGGAGUGGGUGGAGAAUCGGCUCAGCUCGAGCUGGCCCGGGCAGUCACGUUCAAGCCCGGCUGACAGCGCAACGCCCAGUCGCUGCCUGCCAACCCUGCAGCUGCAGCUCAGUGGGGGAAUGUCCCUGAUCCAGCAGACCUUAGGCAAUUGGAAAAUCAGCCUUGAUGUGAAGCAUUUCACCCCUGAAGAGCUCCAGGUGAAGAUCCAGGAGGGUUAUGUGGAGAUUUCAGGAAGCCAUAAAGAAAGACAAGAUCAACAUGGGUUUAUUUCUAGAAAUUUUACCAGAAAAUACAAGCUUCCUUCAGAUGUGGACACCCUGUCUGUGACCUCAUCCUUGACCUCUGAUGGGAUUCUAAUUGUGGAAGCCCCACUCCCCAGUCCUGCUGUCCCAGUUCCUGUAGAAAUAAUGGCUCCUGUUCAGACAGAGACAAAGUCUGAAGCUGAGGAGGAAGUGGACAAGGAGAAGGACGCAAAGAUAGAGAAGGAGGUAGAGCAAGAGAAGCAGCCAGAGAAAGACAAGGAGGUCCCAAAGGAACAAGGCAAAGAGAAGGAAACACAGCAAGAGAUGGAGCAAGGAAAAGAGGAGGCAGAGCAAGAGAAAGAGGUACUGCAAGAGCAAGAGAAGGAAGUGACCCAAUGAAAUAAGAAUUGGUGCAAGAGAAGACAACAGACAUAUACAUUAAGGAAUUUUUCAAAUGAAAUGCCAAUUAAUUUAAAAUGAGAGAUGAUUUCAGUAAAGUUAGUGAAAACAUUUUCUACAUUAAUGUAGAGAAUUAAACAAAAAGAUAAGUAAAACAAUGAGUAUAUUUGAGAAAUCAGAUGAGAUAUUUGCACUAACAGAACAUGUUAUUUAGAAGUGUGUUUUAAACAUUUGACUUAAUGAAAUAACAGCCAGGUUUUGGAACAUUAUGUUUUGUACUGAAACCAUAAUGAGUAUCUCUACCUUCACUAUGCUGUAGAAAAUAACGGAUAUCUGAGUGUGGUUGCAAGGCAAUAAUGUAAUCAUGAAAUUCAGAGAAGCUGAAAGUGCAAAGCUUUUAUGAUUUAUAAUUGUAAUUUAAAGCCCAAGGUUAGAUUGCCUGUAAUUUAGUUUUAUAAUUAUAUGCUGUUCAUUUUA